AUGGAAUCAGUAGUUAUUGUCGUCAAUAAUUUGUAUCCGAAAAUCAAAGCUAAUCAUCAAACGAUCAGUGUUAGUAGUAGCUUAUCUUCAAAGAACAAUAGUACUGCGUGGGAUCAUUAAAGAAAAAGAAAACGUUUGUCAUAGAGAUGUGACCAGUGAAUCUAUUUCCUGUACUGCAUUCAAACAAAACAUCAGCGAUAAAGAUCUGUAUCGAACCGAAGCAUUUUUACGUUAAAAAUAUUUAUCGAACUUAGUCGAAUUAUCGCUAUAUAUUGUCGGUGUAAACAUUUUACUUAUUUACUUAUAAACAACCCACCGCCACACUUUUUACUAUUAAAACAUAACCACCGGGAAAAGUGUAUGUGUUAUUUACUUGUCUCGUCAAACAAAUAAUAAUAAACAAAAACAUUUAACCUUCGUCUAAUAGUUGUGCUUUCGUGUAUUUAUAUAAAAAAAAACAAAAACUUUUCUAACUUUGUCUUUAAAAAAAAAAUCUAAAUUUUUGAUUGUAAAGCUAGACGAAAAAACACAACCAAAGUUUUAAUACAAAUUUUUAUGUAUAUGUCAAUGUUCGAUGUGCGUUUAGAUUAUAUUCACAGCAACAUAUUUCGUCAUCUAUAAUAACAUCAGCGCAAAAAACGUGCGUUAAAUCUAUUUUAAGUAAACGUUAUAUGUGCUACUAAAUAUGGAACAACUUGGGCCUGCCACCUGGGGUAUGAUCUACACGAAUAUUUAAUCGAUUUUUAUCAUCAAAACAAUAAGUUUAAAAUCAAUUUUAAAACUCCAAUAAACUAAACUUUUUACCUAAUAUAUCUACACCAGUUCUUCAAUACAACAAACAAUAUAUCAAAGAACUUAACAAAAAAAAAAUAUUUAAAUAUUUAAACAAACAAAAAUCUUUACUCAAGAAUUAUAAAAGUCUUCAUAAAAUAAAACUUUAAAGAAAUAUAAUAAAACUUCUUAUCGUCUUUAAUAAAUUAACUUACAAAUUAAUCUAAAAACAAAUUACUGCAAAGAUUUAAAAAUCAAUUCCACUUAAAACAAUCGAUUUCCUAAUUGUUUAUUCGUCUCUCCGACAAUGGGAUCAAUUACAAUUUAUACUGUAGGAGUAUUUUUACUCACCGUAAUUUCAAUGACUUCAUCAUAUCCAUCGUCAUCCUCAACGGAAGAUUACUAUUCCACAUCAAUAUUAUCAUCGUCAUUAUCGACAUUGCUCGACGAUCCACUAUCACCGGAAAGUCGUCGCAGCGACAACACCAACAACAAUCGAUCCGUGCCCAAUGGUGCCGAAGAGCAACAAAAUAAUCCGGACGGCGCCAAUUGCCAGCCGGGUCUACUGCUUGAGGUAUGGCUUCCACAAGAUCAUCUGACCGUUGGUGAUCGUAUUGCACGCGGUUCGGUCUACUUUUUGGUUUUGUCAUAUUUGUUCAUCGGCGUGUCAAUUGUGUCCGAUCGAUUUAUGGCGGCAAUUGAAGUGAUCACCUCCAAGGAGAAAGAGGUGAAAGUGCGUAAACCGAACGGUGAAGUGCAAAUUGUUGUGGUGCGAGUGUGGAAUGAAACGGUUGCCAAUUUAACAUUGAUGGCAUUGGGCAGCAGUGCACCGGAGAUUUUAUUGUCGAUCAUUGAAAUUGUAGCAAAGAAUUUUAAAGCCGGUGAAUUGGGGCCCGGAACAAUUGUUGGAUCGGCUGCAUACAAUUUAUUUAUUAUUAUUGCAAUUUGUGUUUCCGUCAUACCGGCCGGUCAGAACAGAAAGAUAAAGCAUUUGAGAGUAUUUUUCGUGACAGCCACAUGGUCCGUGUUUGCUUACAUUUGGCUGUAUUUGAUCUUAGCAUAUUUUUCACCAGGAGUUGUAGAAAUCUGGGAAGGUUUCCUGACAUUUUUGUUCUUCCCAUUAACCGUACUCACUGCUUACAUUGCCGAACGACGGCUUCUCGUAUACAAAUACAUUUCCAAAGAAUAUCGAAUGAAUCGACGAGGAGUAGUAGUACAAUCUGAAGCUGAGUCAGCUUUGGAGAUGAAUGGUCAUCUUAAAGACGAUGAAAUCAAAACAAUGGAAAACAAUGCUGAUUUAACUGAAGAAGUGAAAGACUUUGAAGAAGCCCGUCGAGAGUACAUCUCAACGUUAAAGGACUUACGUAAAAAAUUCCCACAGAGCAACUUGGAACACUUAGAAAUUAUGGCACAAGAACAACUGAUGAACAACGGACCGAAAUCACGAGCUUUCUACCGAAUCCAGGCCACAAGGAAGAUGAUGGGCAGCGGCAACAUAAUGCGCAAAAUAUCGGAACGUGCACAAAGCGAUUUAAGUGAAGUAAAGGCGGAACUUCAACGCAUUGAUGUCGAACAAGUUGAAGACGACUCCAUUUGUCGAGUGUUUUUCGAACCCGGUCAUUACACAGUAAUGGAAAGUUGCGAAUGUUUCGAAUUGCGCGUUGUUCGUCGUGGUGAUUUGUCUUCCACUAUGACUGUUGAUAUUGAGACUGAAGAUGGAUCAGCUGAGGCUGGCAGCGAUUAUGUCGGCAAGAAAGGUACGCUUGUGUUUCCGCCCGGCGUCGAUGAGCAGCACUUCAAAAUUGAAGUUAUUGACGAUGAAGUAUUCGAGCAGGAUGAACAUUUCUACGUACGUCUGAGCAACGUAUCUGAGCCAGCUGUGUUAUCAACACCAAAAGUAGCAACUGUUAUGAUUUUGGAUGACGAUCACGGCGGCAUAUUUGCAUUUAGCUCAAAAGACCAUGAACUAGUGGAAUCGGUUGGUGUUUAUGAAAUUAAAGUGCAACGGUAUUCUGGUGCUAGGGGAAAAGUAAUCGUACCGUAUUGGACCGAAGAUGGCACGGCAAAAGCUGGAAAGGAUUACGAGCCGUUGCAGGGUGAACUGGAGUUUGAUAACAAUGAGAGCGAAAAAGUUAUUGAACUAACCGUCCUGGAGGAAGGCAGUUACGAAAAAGAUGUUCUAUUAUACGUUAAUCUUGGCGAACCUCAAAUGGUUGGAGACGAAUUAGCCAAUGCGAUAACGGAGGCAGAAUCGAAAGCACCAGAAGACCUAACAGAAUACGACAAAAUGGCAUUACUUGGACGGCCUAAAUCCGGUGAAAAUACGAGGGCACAGCUUAGAAUUAAAGAGAGUAAAGAAUUUAAGAACACUGUAGACAAGCUGGUACAAAGGGCGAACGCUUCUCUGCUUAUCGGCACAUCAUCGUGGAAAGAACAGUUUAUGGAAGCAUGGACAGUUAGCCCAGGCGAUGACAAUGACAGCCGAGGCGAAGACGAAGAUGAGCCAUCACCAAGCUGCGGCGAUUACAUAAUGCAUUUCCUCACACUGUUCUGGAAAAUCAUAUUUGCUUUUAUUCCACCAACAGAUAUGUGCAGCGGAUAUUUGUGCUUCGUUGUAUCCAUAUUGUGCAUCGGCGUCGUAACCGCUAUCAUUGGCGAUGUGGCCUCGCAUUUUGGUUGUACUUUGGGCAUAAAGGAUUCAGUUACAGCCAUCUGUUUCGUGGCACUAGGAACAAGUAUACCAGAUACAUUUGCUAGUAAAGUAGCGGCGAUUCAAGAUAAAUAUGCCGAUGCCAGCGUUGGAAAUGUGACAGGCAGCAAUGCUGUUAAUGUUUUCCUUGGCAUUGGCGUUGCGUGGACAAUAGCAGCGUGUUAUCAUGCGUAUCACGGCAGACAAUUUGAGGUUAAUCCCGGAAACUUGGCAUUCUCAGUGACUCUGUUCUUAUCCGGAGCAUUUAUAGCGAUUGCAAUUUUAUUAUUACGACGAAAUAAAAAAGUUGGCGGCGAACUGGGUGGACCGGUGGGUAUCAAAUACGUUACGUCUUCAAUUCUGUUCGGGUUGUGGCUUGUUUAUUUAAUUGCUAGUAGUUUAGAGGCGUAUGGUGUUAUAAAAGGAUUUUAAAUUAAUUUAAAGAAAAGAAAGAAAAAAAAAACAUUUUUUUUUAUCAAACUUUACUUCUAAUAAUUCUAACUAUAAUACAAUUUCUUCGACACACACUCUUCACUAGGAUAAUUUAAAACUAAUGUUAGUUGAAAUGUUAAAUGACAGGACGAUAGAACGAAAGAAAGGAUAGAACGGUGAACCAAGAAAACAAAUUUGAAGGAAAAAGAAUAAAAUAAUUUUAAGUUAAAUGUUGAUGAUAUAAAUAUUAUAUUUUGUAUAUAUUUGGGGAAACAAAACAGUUAUAAGAAGAAAAACACAGUGUAAUUGAAUCGUCUAUAUAUGACUAUAUAUAUACAUAGAUGUAUCGAUUUGAAGUGUUGUAAGUGCAUUGUAUAUUACACACAUUGAUUUGAAAAUAAAUAUUUAAACUUUCAUAGCAUCGCAUGCGAACCGUACGAUUUUCGUGAUAUUAAUAUCCGACUAUAUAUUCAUAAAAUAUGAUUCGACCUAGCAUACCGCGCCAUCUAAUUAAUUUAACUCUUGACAUUCUUGACACAAAGGAAAACAAUGCCUUGACAUGUCAUAAAUCAGAUCAACUUAUAUAAAGGAACAUCGUAAAUAUUUAAUAUCACUAAAUGUGUUAAGCAAUUUUUGCUGUAAUUCUAUACCAUCGCGGAACUUUGCCAAAGUGUUGACAUUGUCUCUGAACUCUCAGGUGUUUUCUGAUAUGAGUAUAUUUAUGAUACGGCGUCAUUCAUAAAACACGUCCGGUUUUUUAUUUCUAUAGUUUUUCAGAGUCCAUCCUGUGCAUCUUCGCUUUUUUCCUAUACGCCAAUGGUAUCAUCUUGGAAUAUCACACUUUCAUUCCACCUCCCCCGUCCCUAUUCGUAAAAAAUCGGACGUCUUUUAUGAACGAUGGCAUAGUGUACCUUGUAACGUUUCCUGAUAAAUCACCUAUUUUAACUGUAUAUACAAGAGUUUAUGUUUUACUGAGCAACGCCACCUUAUAUAUAUGAGCUCUAGUAUAUGUUGUGAUUUAUCCACCAAUGUUAUUGCAUUUAUUGACCAGUCUUAAAUAUGAGUUCUCAGUAUUCCCGUUGAAACACUGCCGAAUUCCACAUAACUUCAUAUACAUAUAUGACGCACCUAGUUCACUGGAUGGCGAAGUACGAUAAGUACAAUUGAUUUUAGUUCAUUAUUUAGCUAAACAGAAAGUACAACGACCGUCAUUGCUAUAAAUUCUGUAUUAUGUCGUGUGGAACACAUAAAAGGUGUAAAUUUCGUAAUCUGAUGUGUAAAAGUAUUCGACGGCUUUUGCCAACACAGGCAUAUGAUACUUUUUUUGUGUAUAUAACCGAAGCUUUCAGGCUUCUAUUACGUGCGGUGAAAUAUGCAUAUUUCGUUGCAGAGUCGUUAAUCGUUAACCAAGAGGAAAUGCAGGAAAUUCCAAUAAGGGCGAAGUUAAAAUUUGCUAUUUCGUCGGGAAGAUUAACACAGCGCUUUUUCAUACUUUGAAAAAUCAUGUAUGAACAUCGACCUAAUCUUCUUCUCAACAUAAGUUCAUGUCUAUUAUCAAAUGUUAAAACAUUUGUCCGUGCGAACAGUUCAGAGAUACAUUGUGCAAGCCGGUAUUGAAAGGUUUUCCGCACGAGAAACUCAUUGAAACCUUUCAUAAAGGACGUCCACCACGAAUGAUGGAGGGGAUCUGAUAAAGUGUAAGACACUAUGUUACAAGUUUUGCAAAAAGGCGGACAAGGAGUGGAGGCUUCAAAAAUAUUGAAAAUUGAGUGUACGUACUUUAUGGACGACCUCAUUGGUGUGGUCGGCAUUAUAGAGAUUACUUAAAUUUAUGAGGGAUUACUCAUGAUUCAGUAGCAUGUUGUGAAAAUUUCUAUUUAUUCUCAAAAUGAUUCUCAUGAUAAGUGGCGUUGCUUUAAUUUAGUGCACUUACUCUAUUCAUUUUUAAUUUAAAUGCAUCACCGUACGGUAUUAUGCACAUAGAACCAUUUAGGUAUAUGUGUUAUUGAAGCGGUAUGCAUAACAAUCAAAUUAUUAUGCUGCAGUGUCUGUAUAUUUACGUUUUAUAUAUAUAUAUAUAGUUAUAUACACAGACACACACUCUCACAUCUCAUCCAAGAUGGACCGGUGGACAUUUAUGUUAAUGAGAUGUAGUUGCGAAUGAAAGUUUAAUUAACAUUUAAAUCGUAAGAUGUUACCUAAUUUUGUAAUGUGCCGAAAAAGAAGAAAAAAUUAUUUGAAAUGAAUACAACAAACAGCAAACAAUGAAUGUAGAUGAUGUUAGAUUUUAAAAAGAAAAACAAAAAAAACUCAUUUUUUAAGAGAAAACAUUUUUUUUUUGUACUAGCGGAAAAACACUUUUUUUUAAUAGUUAGAAUGUAGUCACUUUUUCAUUUACAAAAUAAUUAAAAAAAAAAAUUGUCGGUGAUUCGUUAUCACUUUUGCUUGCAAAAAAUUUCAAAACGGAUUUUUUUCAUUUCAAUUUUUCUUUGUACAAUGUACAAUAAGGAUGCGGUGCAUCAAAAAUAUUCGUCGGAAGAGAAUUUGAUUUUAUUAAUGGGACGUUGUCAUGAAUAUAAAGUUGAGUUGAGUGGGCGUUAACAAAAAGUUGAUUUUAAAAUUAGACUUUGCUUGGAGUUUCGAAAUUGUUCGAAUGCAUACUUCUACAAAUAAGCAAGAAUUAUAACUGUGAACUGUGUGAUCUAACAAAUCAAUUGGCAAUAAUCAGGCACAAUUUCCAUCGAUAUUGUUUCCCUAAUUUUCAUUUAUUUUUUCAAACUUCUUCAAUUUAAAAUUUUUUACGGGGAUUCGCUUAUUGAACCUUUAUCACUUGUCCGUGUCUUACUUCGCCUAAUAUAACACCCUGUGAUAUCUGUCAUUGUGGUUUAAAGGGAAAAAAAUGGAAGUCGGAAACAACAUGGUUAAUCAGACCAACGUUUACCAACGCCAUCGGUUACAGUCAAAAACGACAAAAAUAAACGAUGAACUGCAAGAUUUAAUACCCAUGCUUCGACCGAAGCAACGCACUGUCAGUGCUUUGACCGAAGACAGACUUAAGUUAUAUGUCGACAAUUCCACCUGUCUGUCAAAGGAUUUUGUUUCGCUGGAAAAACAUUGUCCAAUCAUUUCAAUUUGAUUUGAUUUACUCGUACAUUUCCCGUUGAAAGAUACAUCUAUUUUAAACUAACCAGUUUUAGUAGAUGUGAUCUCACAGAAUUUAAGUGAUUUUCAAUGAACCGACUUUAACGCCCUGUAAAACAAAUUUUUAAUUUACAAAGAAAAAUGACAAAAAGCACACAUUCCCAUUUUCAACUUAUGGCUAUUAGGGUUAAAAUGUAAAUUAAAAUUUCUUAAUUUAAAUUGUCAAUGUGUUUAAUGUACAGUAUACCCUCUCUGUCGAAAUCCAAUUAUUGCUUCCACACCGAAGCCAUUAAAUACUUCAACACAAUUCAAAAACAAUAAAAUUUAUUCAGUCUUUUAGUACUUUCAGGUAUUGCUCUGAAAGACGAACGUCUUCCUGCAGAGUCUUCCCUAUAGAACAGCUGUAUAACAUAGAAACGAAAAUUUAUUCAUCAACAAGAUAAGCUUACACACGCUGUUCGGAAAGGAAUCUAUGGGAAAAUCGCACAAAAAAAUAAAUAACAUAAAAUAACAAAUGAUGCGGUCGAUACGUCAAUAUAUUGUAACAGUCAGGGGAAGGACACAUGCUGAAAGUAGAAUAAAUGAAUUUUUGAUCGAAAUAAAUGGAAAUUUAUUGCCGAAUUAAAGCUAAUCAGUCAAAUGACUUCUGCGAAAACUAUUGUUUUGUCUUUAAUGUUUCCAUUUCAUCGAAGUGCUGUUUAUGAUGUUGAAGCUGUUGAAAUGCAUAAAAACAACAACAAUAUCCAUCCAAAAUGUAUCCGAAAAACAUUUCUAAUAAAAUUGAAAUUCGUAUCGAUUGCGCUGAAUUUGUGGAGUGUUUCAGAUUUUAGGACAUACUAUUCGCACACGUUUGGAAUGUGAAGAUUCUGAUUAUCUAGGUCUUCUCAAGGUCUAUCAAGGUCUCUCAAGGCGUAAAAAAAGGGAACGAAAAACUGUGUAGUUCAUAAAAGAAUACAGUUAAAUUCAACCGAAUUUGUAUCUACGUUUACUUCAGCUGGCACAUUCAUACAAUCACACCGCUUAUGUGCUUGCGUGCUGAUAUGGUUUUACUAUACGUGGGAGAGUGUAUUGGUGAUAAUGUAAUGGCGAUAUAUAACAGGGAAUGAACAUCACAUAAGUAGGGAAUGAAUAUUACUUGGCAUUUUCACCAACACAUUCUCGCGGGGAAAGCAAAAUAUGACAUAGCUACAUGAAGUAUAUAACUCGAAAUGUACUACAACUCGGGCAAACUCUCGUGUACGUACAUGUCUCGUUAUAUACUUCAUGUAACUGUCACGCGCAUGAGUUUGACGAUGGUAAUACAUCAGAAGCAAAUGAAAUGUAGACUCACAUUCGGUUGACAAUUGAGUGUGUAAAAUUCUCUCAUGAUUUAUCAGCGAAGUCAACGCACUGACAGUGCUUUGGCGAAGUCAAACAGGCCAUUAUUUUUGUUGAAGAUUGGAGGUUUAUUUUUCUUAAAUAAUAUCUGCUAUCAAUCGAACCAUAUGAACCAUUCAACGUCAUUCAAACGAUAUGAGAGACAACAACGGUCUCCAACUCCGGUUGGAAUUUUUUGCAAGCGAAAAACCGGAAAAAACAGCAUUACACAAACAAAAAAGAAGUCUCUAAAAUGUAACUCUCUAACCGAAAUAAAAUGCCAAUACUUAAAUAAUCAUUAGGUUUAAAAAAGAAAAAAAUCUCUAACACUAAUUUAUAAUUAAAGAAAAGAAUUACCUAUUUGUAAACGUAAAGAUAAAAAUGAUAUAAACAAAAAGAAAAGAAAAAAACAUAAAUCGAAUUUUGACAUAAACUUAUUUUUAAAUAUAUAUUCCC